AAAAGAAUAAGACUUGAUGAAUGCAAAAUGAGAAUUCUGGUGUUGUUGAUGAAAGCCACAUAGUUGUUUGACUGGAAUGCAGGAAAAUUCAAAUUUGUCAGUUGAAGAAUCACAGAUUAUACAAGAUGAUUCUGCUGAAAUCAUGCAAGAUUCAAAUGAUGUUCAGGAACUGGCAGAUAAUGUUGUUAUACAAGAAGAGGUAAUUGGUCAGCUUCCAGCACCUCAGUAUCAGAAUUUGAUAAUACAGCACAUGGAUAUUGCAGAACCGUUAGCUACACUCAAACAGUUAUUAGAACUAAGACUUCAGUGCUCUCUAUCAGAUCAUCAGUUUUAUCUUCAGGAUAGUAUUCCGCUUGACACAAAAAAAAGCUUAGUAGAUCAGUGUGUACAAGGAGAGGGCAUGGUACAAAUAAAUCUGGAGGUGAAAUCACAACCAGGAAUGAAACCAAAGAUAAAUAUUCUUGAUAUUCUUAAACCUGCAGAGGAGGUGGAACCAACCCUUGUGGAACAGAAUGCCUCUCCUCAGACUACUGCAUCAACAGCAAAGGUGGUUGUACCUGCAGAUGAAACUGAAAAUAUCACAAGGUGGAUUGUUGAUCAAAAUUUUAGAAGAGAUCAGGAACGUUUAAAAAUACCUUUUGAUCCUAUGCAAUGGACACAGAUGCACGUAAAGCACUGGAUCAAUUGGGCUGUGAGUGAGUUUAAGCUGCAAAGUGUUGAUGUUGAAAAUUUUAACAUGACGGGUUCAGAAUUAUGUGAUUUGUCCCAUGGUGACUUUAUAAGGUACAUUCCCAAUGAUAGGGGAGACAUAUUUUGGACACAUUUGGAAUUGCUCAGGAAAUGUAAAUUUGUUGCUGUAAUGCAGCAGCCAGCACCACAUGCAGUUACUACUAUCACAGUGUCAACAUCAGAUUUGAUGAUAUAUAAUGAAGUGUAGACUUGGAGGGUGCUUCAUGGUGGUGACAAGUUGCAUCAAGUUGUUUGAAUUCUUCUGGCAGGCUUCCUGUCAGUAAA